AUGUCCAAACAAAUUCCGUUCAAGAAUUAUGGGAAGGCUCGAAUUGAUACUUCAGAUCCAAAUUUCAUACAAGCCGAAAUAAAUCCGGCAGAAAUUGACCAGAAAGCUGCUAAUGCACGCUAUAAUUCUCCAGGACCUUCAGAUAUUCGGGCAACAGCUUGUCGAGGAUGUUAUCAACUCGAAAGACUACUCGAAAUUGCUAAAGAAAUUCAAGAAAUCGUGUUGUCUCUUAACUACAAAUCUAUGAAUGUUGCAGAAAUUCGCGCAAACAUUCCUCCCAAAAAAAUUCAAGAAUCGGAAAGUCGGAUUGUAAACUUAAAAUAUUUUAUAAAACGUUUACAGGACACCAAGGUAGAAAUUACGCUUCCUUAUCACCUUGACAAUUUUAACGUGAAUGCCUUCAUUGAUGAAAUAAUUCGAUCCAUCGAUAAAGAAUGA